AUGCCAGCUCCAAUGCGAAACCCCAAGGAUUCCAUGACGUCUACCUGGCGGUCGUGGGAUCGCUCGCGCUGGAACCCCGCGCACUGGCUUCUCGAGGUUCUAAAUGUACACCACCUCGAGCUUGAUCAAGAAGUGCCCGUUCAUCCCAAGACCGACAAGGUCCCCUAUGCACCGGAGCUACAGUUUCAUCGCUGGGUCUUGACCCAUGCCGCCAUCCCACUCCUCAUCCACCAACUCUAUAUCAGCUCCUUCGGCUACCCGCCCUCGUGGCUGGUCUUCAUCUUCUAUAGUCUGGCCCUGGAGUUUAUUGCCGUGCACGAAGCCCACAUUCUCCGACGAGUGGGCCACCAAAUCGGAUUCUUCGAUGGGGACAAGCACGCCCGUGACGGUGUGCCCGACGUCGGCGUGGGAAAGACCGUUCAGACUCUUCUCUCAGUCAUCACGUUCCGUCCCAUGUAUACCGUCUUUCUCACCUAUCGUCCGGACGAAGGCCCGUCGACGAUCCGAUGGGGCUGGCUCAUCUUCGAGACCGGCAUGUACCCUCUCGCCAUCGACUUCUGGUACUAUAUCCUCCAUCGCUCCGCGCACGAAACAGAUCGUCUGUGGCAGUUCCACCGCACCCACCAUCUUACCAAACACCCGAACCCGCUCUUGACGGCGUACGCGGACACGGUGCAGGAGUUUAUCGAUAUCAUCGCCACGCCUCUUCUGGCAUACGGCACAAUGAAGCUGAUGGGGUUUCCCAUGGGCUUUUAUGAGUGGUGGGUCUGUCAACAGUAUGUUGUUUUCACUGAGAUCCUGGGUCACAGCGGCUUGCGCAUGAUUGCCACUGCCGUCAAUCCCUGGAACUGGCUGUUGCGGCUCUGUGACAUGGAGCUUGUGAUUGAAGAUCAUGAUCUUCAUCAUCGCAAGGGCUGGAAGAAUAGCCACAAUUACGGCAAGCAAACUCGGGUGUGGGAUCGGUUGUUCAAGACGUGGAUUCCUCGGGUCGAGGGCUAUGCGGAUAAUAUUGACUAUGUCAACACGGCCAAGAUUCCGUUGAUAUAG